CCUUAAAGGGUGUAAGGAUACGUCGGAGCUACACGUCGCUAGCAGGUGCACAACGCAGUGAAAUCACAAAUACGAGACGUAUGAUGGCAUAGCAUAGCAUAUGGCGUUUUCCUCUUACCAACGACGGAAGACACGUCCGACAUAAACCUUAACCGUUUGCUUUCAGUAGAAUAAUGUCACGAGUGGGUACUAUCUGCUGACCUCCUUUUUCCUGAGUGACUGCAGUGUUUGUGUAUAGAAGCCAUUCACUCUACUACCGACAAAAUGUCAGGUACCUACACUCCAGCCCCUGGUGGGCCGUUCUCUGCUCUCACCCCGAGCAUGUGGCCCCAGGACAUUCUGGCCAAGUGCCAUCAAAAGGAGUCCUCAGAACAGCCUGAACUCCAAUACGAUGAAUUUGGCUUUAGAGUUGACACUGAAGACGAUGGGAAGCCCAGGUCCUGGCUGGGCACUGAAGGCUCACCACAGCGUGAAGACCCCCAGCAGCGAUUACGCUGGCAAGCCCACCUGGAGUUCACCCACAACCACACGGUGGGCGACCUGACCUGGGAGCUCAUCGAUCCCGUCCUCCCACGCUCCGAGCGUCUGCGCUCCCUGGUGCUCGGUGGCAUACCUCACAGCAUGAGGCCACAGCUAUGGAUGCGUCUGGCUGGAGCGCUGCAGAAGAAAAGGACCUCUGAGAUCUCCUACAGAGAAAUCAUUAAGAACAGUUCCAAUGAUGACACCAGCACGUCUAAACAGAUAGAGAAGGACCUGUUACGGACCAUGCCAACCAACGCGUGUUUCAGUAGUCUGACCAGUGUCGGAGUGCCGAGGCUGAGACGUGUGCUGAGAGGCCUGGCCUGGCUUUACCCAGACAUUGGAUACUGUCAGGGCACUGGCAUGGUGGUUUCCUGUCUGCUGCUCUUUCUUGAGGAGGAGGAUGUGCUAUGGAUGAUGUGUGCCCUGAUCGAAGACCUCCUUCCUCCAUCCUACUUCUCCUCCACUCUGCUGGGCGUCCAAACGGACCAGAGGGUUCUCCGCCAGCUCAUUGUUCAGUUCCUGCCAGCUCUCGACCGUCUCCUGCAGGAGCAUGACAUAGAGUUGUCGCUGAUCACACUGCAUUGGUUCCUGACAUCAUUUGCCAGUGUGGUGGAUAUCCGUCUGCUCCUGAGGAUCUGGGACCUGCUCUUCUACCAGGGCUCACUGGUGCUCUUCCAGGUCACACUGGGCAUGCUCAAGAUCAAGGAGGAGGAGCUCGUGUCAUCAGAGAACUCUGCGUCGAUUUUUAAUACUCUCUCGGACUUGCCAAGCCAGCUGAGAGAUGGGCCUGCAGUUCUAGGGGAGGCUAUGAGGCUGGCAGGGACACUGUCCCAGGAAACACUGGAAGCCCACCGGCACAAGCACCUAGCCUACAUCCUGAAUGAGCAGGCGCAGCUCAACAAUGGAAACAACACAACACUCAACACCAAUCUCAACAAGGUGGUGAGGAGACAGUCCCUUCGCAGAAAGUCCACCCUGAGCUCCCUGCUGUUUGGGGAAGAUGAGGCAGAGGCCUUAAAAUCCAAGAACAUUAAGCAGACAGAGCUGGUGGCAGCUUUGCGAGAGGCCAUAGCUCGCACAGCAGAGCAUUUUCACUGCCUGGACCCACGUCACUCCAGCACUGACCUGACUCCUGAUUACUCCAUGGAGAGCCACCAGCGAGAUCAUGAAAACUUUCUUGUGGUGUCUCGCAACCGACGGAGACGGGCAAAGGCAUUACUGGACUUUGAGCGACACGAUGAUGAUGAACUGGGCUUCAGGAAAAAUGACAUCAUCACCAUCGUCUCACAGAAAGAUGAACACUGUUGGGUUGGAGAGCUCAAUGGCCUUAGAGGUUGGUUUCCAGCGAAGUUUGUGGAGAUUCUUGAUGAAAGAAGCAAAGAGUACUCAUUAGCAGGUGAUGACUCUGUGACAGAGGCAGUGACAGACCUGGCCAGGGGCACACUGUGUCCGGCCCUAAAGGCCAUCUUUCAGCACGGUCUCAAGAAGCCAUCUAUACUGGGAGGGCCUUGUCAUCCGUGGUUAUUCAUAGAGGAGGCGGCCAGUAGAGAGGUAGAGAGGGACUUCAACUCUGUCUACUCCAGACUGGUGCUGUGUAAAACCUACAGGUUAGAUGAGGAUGGAAAAGUACUAACACCUGAGGAGCUGCUGUACAGAGCAGUGCAGUCAGUCAACAUGAGCCACGACACCGCACAUGCUCAGAUGGAUGUCAAGUUUAGGUCUCUUGUCUGUGUCGGCCUGAAUGAGCAGGUGCUGCACCUGUGGUUGGAGGUGUUGUGUUCCAGCAUGGCUGCUGUCGAAAAAUGGUAUCAUCCGUGGUCUUUCCUUCGCAGUCCUGGAUGGGUACAAAUCAAGUGUGAGCUCAGGGUCCUAUCAAAGUUUGCCUUCAGCCUCUCCCAAGAUUGUGAGCUACCUGACAAGAAAGAGGAAAAGGAGCAGAGGCCACUAAAGGAGGGAGUGCAGGACAUGUUGGUGAAACAUCACCUCUUCAGCUGGGACAUUGAUGGCUAGACACACAGCAAAACACGGCUGAAUCCUCCCCUGUCCCGUAUCUGUGUAUAUUUAAUGUCUCUUUACCUGUUUCUUACAGACUGUCGAUUAUAAAUUAGACAUCGUUGUCUGCUACAGCGAGUGAGUACUUCACAGACUCUCUGUCACGUCACAUUUCAACAUUUGACAAAAGUCGACCAGUUUGUAUGUGCUGAAGCAUGUGUGCAUUAAGGUGCAUACUUAAUGUUAAUUGGUCCAGUGUAGGAGGUUGCACUACAUGGUGAAAACUAAAUACACCCUAGUAUAAAACAGUGUAGUACAGAAUAAUCUGUACCCAUGGGAAUGGAGCACUCAGUGUGUCCUAACAGUAAGUAUUUAUUAAAUACUUACUGCACUGGCCGUUUAGCUUUUUAUAGCUAAGUGAGUGCGUGUUUUUGUGCAAGAGUGAGACGUACAGUCCAUUCUCUUCCAUCAUCUGUGUGUGUCUGUAAAACAACAACAAACACUGGGUCUUUUAACGCGGACUGAAAUGCCACAUUACCCUGUAGAUUCCCAAAUAUGAAGACCAAAACAAACAUUCCUAAACAUGGAGCUGUAAAGUUAGAAAUUAUUUUUGGAGAGGAAUGCCACUUACCUCAAUAUCAUGAAUUCCACAAAAUAUUUCAUCAAAAACUGAUGUUGCACAUGCCAAGUAAAGCCUUUUCAAUUUGUUAUACAAGACUUAAGGCUAUGUGUGCUACCUUAACAGUGGUAGUGAACAGUCUGCGCUUGUAUGACAUAAUGUAAAUGAAGCAGAUAAAUACUUUUGUGUUACAAUCUAUAGUAAAUAUAUGUUACAUAUUUGUAAUGUUUUGUAUAUAAUCACAUCUUUUGCUUGUGACUAAAUGUGCCCUGGCAAGUUGAAGCCAUUCAGCAUAGGACUUAGUUCUGACUUAAAGCUGCACGAGCAGAGAAAACAGGAAAUUGUCUGUUUAUUUAUUCAAACUGUUGGCCAUUCUUGAUAAUGGUAGACUGCAAGGGAUGAUUUGAGAAGGUUGAUAUGCUAAUUUAAAUUGUGAAACAUUUUCCCGCGCAUUACAAAAUAUAUACCUUUUUUUAUAUAUAGUUUUUGGAUACUUCGCUGAAAACAAAGAUUCUGUUGUAUUGGUUAUUUAUCCAAGCUAAUACGAUCUUGCAGGUGUUACACUUGAAAUUGUCCUGUAAUUUCAGAUGAGAAUGAAUCUUUUUGGACUUACAUUGUUAACUGUAACUUCCCCAUGUGCAGUGAAUGCAAUCAACCUGGUUUACAUGAUUGUAGAUAUUGUUGCCUGUGUAAAUCAUAUUGUAUCCAGUGUCACAAAAAUUACAAUCAAAAUACACAAGAAUAUUGUGCUAUCUACUCUCCAUCCAGCCAAUAGUUGCCCCUCUCUAUCUGUAACGUGGAACUGAUGAGAUUACACAACACUCCUAAGCUUGAAUGAGUUAAAGAAUAUUGGAGAAAAAGAACACUAUAAACAUCUCCCAAAUCCAUCAGUUUUCCUGCCCCGUCUUAACAAAUGAAAUGCAUAGUAUUAAGAAUACUUCACCCACAAAUUGACAAUUUUAUUUCUGUGAAGUGGAAUUUGCAGUGAAACCUUUUGGAGUUUUUUUUCUUGCGUGCCUUUACUAUGAACAGAGAAUCCAAAAAAGGCUAAAAUUGUCCAUGAAUUGAUGUAAAAGGAAAUUGUCUUUAUUAGCAACAAAACUAAAUCAAAACAUCCAUUUACAGACUCUCACACAACUGGUGCAGUAUAAUCCAGUAUCAUUUAUCCAGUCGUAUCCUCAGUAAUUUCUGAAUACAUGCAUUUUUGCAAAAACUUUAGAUUUAAAACACAUCUGUACAAACAUUACUACACUACUUUCUGUGCAUGAGACUGUUUGUACACAUGGGGUUAGAUUUGUAAUGUUUCAGCAAAAAUGCACAAAUGCAUUUGUGAAGGACAAAUGAAAAGUGUGAAACUUUGUGAACACGUUUUGAUAUAGUUUUGGUGUGUCCCUGUUUACGUCAAUUCUAGAAGGAGUCUUUUUUGGAUUCUCCUCAUACUGUGGAGACAUGCGAACAAAACAGUUCUCUUUACAAAUUCAAGGCAACAUUCUGUAAAUAAUUAAUAGACAGACAGUCAUUUUGCGGGUGAAGUAUUUCUUUAAGAUGUUUAAUAUGUAAUUUAAGAAAAAUGCACAUAUAGAAAAAGACACACGGUUGAAAAGUUCAGUAAAGCCUGUUUAUUAAUGGUCAGUUUUUCAGCGGCAAAGUGUGUUUUAAAUGUCA